AUGGCGCCUAACGAACCCGAUCUGUCGCUAUUCCUCAAUCCGAAUCUCUGUGCAAAUACCGAUCGGUGCGCUGAUGGCGAACUGUCACCUUGUCCAAAUCAUGCAUCACUGGCGUGCGGCAAAUGCAAGCUUGUUCAGUAUUGCUCGAAAGAUUGCCAGGUCGCCGAUUGGCCCCGUCACAGAUUCACGUGCAAGUCUGCCUUGAUGAAAGAACAUUGGACACCGGACUGGUUUAUAGCUGGUCGGAAACCUGCCUUCAUUGGGAGCUCGUUAUCUGUGCCGUUUGGCACAACGAAGUAUCUGUGGGGAAACAUGCCAGCGCUGGACAUCCUACAGGUGAACGACAACGAAGGUAUCGCGGACAAGGAUCGCCACUUUUCGCUGCUCUUUGCAGCAUCUGGUGAUCUCCGCAAUGUCAUCAAAUCGGUGGUCGGUCUACCGGGAGGUCAUAUGGGUGGAUGCACUGUUGCCAUCAACGACAAAGAUUUCGUUGUCGUGGCGCGCAACGUUAUCAUGCUUCUGAUUGCGCUUCAAUUUGACCCAGAAGCUGCUGUGCCGAUGAUCAUCCACCUCUGGUACUCGGCCUUGCUCCCUGCUGACAUGGUACUAGUUUUGCGAUCUCAUAUCCAGCCAUUAAUUGGAGAUGUUUGCGCAAAGAUUCACAGCAAGCCGGAGGGCUCCCUACAAGCAAAGACGUUCACGAUCGGUGGUCGGAAGCUGCGUCUCAUGUUGUCAAAAGAGAAUUGGGUUGAGCUCCUCAAGUAUCUUGAUGUCCCGGGAGAAUUCACAGCAGAGAACUCCAGGACGAUCCGACAGCGAGUCACAUGUGCUCCUGAGAGGGUCGACUACCGCGAGCGUUCUAUGCUGCAGUGGUCUCCCGCCCUUCGCCAAGGAGAAAAGUACUUUCGCGAGGAAGGGGUUCUUCUACCAUAUGGCUGCUCGCUCAAUUCAUUUGACACGCCGAAUCCAACAUUCUUCCAGACAUCAGACUGGCCGAUGAAAGAUAGUGCAAGCCCUCGACAGGGAUGGCUCUAUUCAGAUUACGUCCAAUACGCUCCGGCCGCGACGGCGGAUGAGUUUGGUGCUCUUUUCUUCUACGUCCGCAAGCUCCUGCUCGACUUUUGUCAUCGGGUGCACAAAAUCGACGUUUCCUUCGAGCUUUUCCACGUGAACGCACAAUCGUUACCAAGCUACAUUGGUUACUCGAAGUUCGAUCGUAUCGAGAUCUCCAAUAUGUGCGAUAUGGGGUACCUCGGACCUCGUAUCUGUCUUGAGACAUUCUCGGACCUCCUCAAGCCCAAGUCGCAAAACCCCAAGGCCACGCUUCUCAUGUUAUUUCUCAACGCCGCUGCGGAAACGGAAUAUAACAAUCGGUCACCGGGGAGCGUCAAAGCAGACAUGGCGACAGCAAUGAUGCGUCUGGAGAAGUACAUGCCACUCGACAGAUCUAGAUUGGCACAGAUUCGCAACGCAGAUGAUCUGGGAAAGCACCCUCAUUUUGUCCGCCGCUCUGCUUGCUAUGACAUGUUCAAGAAUUGGGAAAAGUACUUCGACCUGUUUUUGUACCAGAACAGCAUCGACAUGCAUGCGAGGUCUUGCGGGCUACAGCUCAAGGACAAGCACACCAUUGUGGAGCCUUGGCCAUACAAAGUGGGUCCACGCACUACACAGAAGGAGUUCGACAUUCUGAGGGCUAGCAGCACGGUUGGGUACGAGCGCUAUGUGGAAUUUGAGAAGACAGACUGAUCAAUACAUUUGUGGGUGAUGCUGCAAGGCAACCUCCAUGGGAGAAGAUUUGGCAGGAUAUGAACUGUACACUCCUCACCUUCGGGCUCUUGCAAGUCAUGGAGGAACCAGAAGAAUGGUAAAAUCGGGCGC